UGAGGUGGAGGAGGACAUUCCAGGAGAUGUCACUACAGGAAAUCCCAGUAGGAAUUCUGAAGGAAACGUCAUGUUAUCACUAAAUUAUAAUGAAGAUGAAGAUAUCAUGCAGCGCUCUUCAGGAGAAAACCUUAAUGUACAUCCAGGACUUCACAGUACAGAUCUAUUAUAUAAUCCCCUUAAUCAUAAAGAACCUUUUCCUGACCAAUCACAGAUUGUGACCACAACUAAAGGUCAGAAAGGGGAUAAAGGGUUUCACUGUGUUAAAGAGUUCACAAAAAUCUCAGGUCAUUCUACAGACAGAGGAUUUCACACAAGGGAAAAGCCAUACUCCUGUUCAGAAUGUGGGAAAUGUUUUACAGAUAAAUCAAAUCUUGUUAGACAUGAGAGAAUUCACACAGGAGAAAAGCCAUAUUCUUGUUCAGAAUGUGGAAAAUGUUUUACAAAUAAAUCUAAUCUUGUUGCACAUAAGAGAAGCCACACUGGAGAGAAGCCAUAUUCAUGUUCAGAAUGUGGGAAAUAUUUUACUGAAAAAUCAAAUUUUGUUAGACAUAAAAGAAAUCACACAGGAGAGAAGCCAUAUUCAUGUUCAGAAUGUGGAAAAUGUUUUACAGAUAAAUCAGAUGUUUCUAGACAUGAGAGAAUUCACACAGGAGAGAAACCGUAUUCAUGUUCAGAAUGUGGCAAACAAUUUACACAGAAAUCAGAUCUUGUUAAACAUGAGAGAAUUCACACAGGAGAGAAACCAUAUUCAUGUCCAGAAUGUGGGAAAUGUUUUAUAAAUAAAUCAAGUCUUGUUGCACAUAAGAGAAGGCACACGGGAGAAAAGCCGUAUUCAUGUUCAGAAUGUGGAAAAUGUUUUUUAGAAAAAGCAAAUCUUGCUAGACAUCAGAGAAUUCACACAGGAGAAAAACCGUAUUCAUGUCCAGAAUGUGGAAAAUGUUUUUCAGAUAAAUCAUGUCUUGUUGCACAUAAGAGAAGUCACACAGGAGAAAAGCCGUAUUCUUGUUCAGAAUGUGGGAAAUUUUUUACAGAUAAAUCAUGUUUUGUUAGACAUGAGAGAAGUCACACAGGAGAGAAACCAUAUUCAUGUUCAGAAUGUGGGAAAUGUUUUACAAGGAAUUCAAGUCUUGUUAAUCAUGAGAGAAUUCAUAGAUGAGAGCGCCCAUAUUCAUGUUUAAAAACUGGGAAAUGUUUUACAGAAAAGUCACAUCUUGUUACACAUGCGAUAAGUCACACAGGAGAGAAGCUGUAUUAAUGUUUAGAAUGUGGGGAAUGUUUUACAGAUAGAUCUUGUUAGAUAUG